AUGGCAGCCCAGUGUGAGAGAAAGAUGGUAUUUUCCUAUGUGAGCGAGAGCGAGGAAAACAUAAAGCUCUUGGAUCCGUACACGAAAACCCUUAGAGUAAACGGGAAGGAAUGCAGAGUACUUCGUGACUCCGCUGCCACGAUGGACGUAAUCCCUCCCUCGUACAUUCGCCCCGACGACCUAACAGGUGAUUGUGCGUGGAUUAAGCAAGUCGUAGAGGAGAAUAGUGUAUGCCUUCCUGUAGCCAGAGUGACGAUUGAGGGACCUUUCGGAGUACUUGCAACAGAAGCAGCCGUUUCCGCGAACCUCCCUUCGCACUAUCCGUACCUCUUUUCCAACAAAUCGGAUCAGUUGCUGCGGGAUAGGGGACAGUGCUUUUCCCUAGAACUAGUGCAGGCGUUGACACGCUCCAAGGCGCGAGAGCUAGCCGGACAGAUGACGUACAGCGCCGACAAAAGCGCUCCUGAGACAAAUGCGAACGCCGUGACGUCAGACGAAUCGCCGAAGUCAGAUCAGACCAGCGAUAUCGAAGUUAGUGAGAAAAACUCGGACAUGCAGUCUAGUAAAGAUACUGAAAAUUCAGACGAGUGCGGGGCGAUCUUGGCGCCAGUAUCUAACAGUUUCCAAUCGCUGGCGAAAGUAGAUCAAGCUGCUUUGGCAGCAGAGCAAAAGAGCGACCCAUCGAUACGUAACCUGUGUGAUAGCGUUAAAGAGGGCGUUGCUAGAAAGAACAUCUCAUUCUACGAAAAACAGAACUUGCUGUAUCGGCGAUACAGGGAUAAAAACGGUAGAGUGUUUGACCAAGUAGUCGUUCCACAAAAGUACAGGGAAGAUCUCCUGCAUUUGCCUCACAGCAAUGCGUGGUCAGGGCACUUAGGCGUUCGAAAGACUAAGGCUCGUCUAACUGCGGAGUAUUACUGGCCAGGUUGCUGGAAAGACAUCGAAAACUGGGUGAAAUCAUGCGAUACAUGCCAACGCGUGGGAAAGCCGACAGAUCAGCGAAAGGCCCCAAUGUGUCUCGUGCCAAUAAUCACCGAGCCCUUCCGCAGACUGGUGAUUGACAUUGUCGGUCCCUUACCCGCGACAGAGCAAGGACAUCGCUACGUUCUAACACCGCUGUGUCCAGCCACGAAGUUCCCCGAGGCCGUAGCUCUAAGGGAAUUGAGUUCCGUGCAAGUGGUAGACGCGCUCCUCUCCAUAUUUGCUAGGGUGGGCUUCCCCGCAGAAAUCCAGAGCGACAAUGGCAGUGUUUUCACGAGCAACCUCACAACUACCUUCCUAGAGAAAUGUGGCAUGAAAAUAAUCCAUAGCUCAGUGCAUCAUCCUCAAUCCAACAGCGUGGAGAGGAUGCAUUCCGUCCUCAAAAGGGUGCUGAGAGCAUUAUGUUACGAGCACAAGACUAACUGGGAGUCAUGCCUUCCGGCAACGAUGUUUGCGCUGCGUUCUGUAGCACACGAGAGCACGGGAUUUAGUCCGGCCGAGCUCGUGUACGGGCGUUCGCUACGAACACCCUUGCGAAUGUUGAAGGAGUCUUGGGAGGGAAAAGGAGAAGACCCAAAUGUAGUCCAGUACAUUUUAGAUCUGCUCGAUAGAUUGUACAGAGCUAGAGAAGUAGUAAGAGCAAACAUGAAGUCAGCUCAGGAGAAAUCAAAGAAAUACUACGACAGAUCGGCAAAAGCAAGGACCUUUCAAGUAGACGACAGGGUCAUGCUUCUGAAACCGUCUAAACAAAACAAAUUGGAUGUAAGAUGGGAAGGCCCAGCUCGCGUAGUACAGAAGCUUUCUGAGACCAACUACGCCGUAAAAAUGGAAGGCAAGCGUAAGGACAUCCAGCUGUUUCACUGUAAUCUAAUGAAACCGUACCGGGAGCGCGAGGCAGUGGUAAAUCUAACUCUGAACGCGCCAGAGGAGAUGUCACAGGACAUACCCAAGGCAGUUGGUAGCCCAGAAUUUAGCAUUGAAGAACUCCUCCGAAAGGUAGUGAACAGUGGGACGCUUCCUGAAGACCAGUUGAGAGACGUAAAACAGAUAUUUUCAGAAUACCAGGACGUAUUCUCGAGCAGACCGGGAAAAACGAAUUUGGUGGAACACGACAUCGAGCUACUUAGUGAUGAGCCGGUUCGUUCCAAGCCCUACCGAGUAUCGCCGAGGCAGAGAGAGAUCAUGGAGAGCGAGAUAAAGCGCAUGCUAGAUCUAGGUAUCAUCGAACCUGGGGAAAGCGAUUUCACAUCCCCACUGAUACUAGUAGAAGUGCCCGGAAAGGACGCCCGACCGUGCGUAGAUUAUCGGAAGUUGAAUACCAUUACCCGUGAUCAAACGUAUCCGAUACCGAAUAUCGAGGAAAGGGUGGAGGUCGUAAGUAAGGCGAAGUACAUCUCCACCCUAGACCUCGUUCGCGGGUACUGGCAAGUCCCUUUAACGGAGCGCGCAAGCAGAUAUGCCGCCUUUGUUUCCCCGUUGGGAACAUUUCGCCCAAAAAUGCUCAGCUUUGGGUUAAAGAACGCUCCCUUUUUCUUUUCGAGCCUUAUGGACCGCGUGCUAAAAGGGCUGCGAGAUUUCGCACUCCCGUAUCUAGAUGAUAUCGCUAUCUUCUCGGACGGCUGGGAAGAUCACAUUCGGCAUCUUCGAACCGUACUGGAAAGGCUUCGCGACGCAGGACUCACGGUGCGUGCGGAAAAAUGUCAGAUCGGGAAGGCCGAGGUCACGUAUUUAGGGCAUGUGAUAGGACAAGGAUAUCGCCGUCCAGCCGACGUGAAGAUCGCAGCUGUAGCAGAGUACCCGCGACCAACUACCAAAACUGAGCUUAGAGCGUUUCUAGGACUCGCGGGGUACUACCAGCAUUAUAUCAGAAGUUACUCCAGUAUCGCUAGUCCCCUAACCGAUGCUUUGAGAACGACUGAACCGAAUGUCAUCAAGUGGGAUGACACAAAGGAAAGGGCCUUCCGCGAGUUAAAAGAGGCACUCACACACAAGCCUAUCCUAAAGGCCCCGGACUACAACCGCACGUUCUUCGUGCAGUGUGACGCCAGCGAUCGUGGCAUUGGUGCAGUCCUUUGUCAGUUAGAUGAAGGCGGUCGUGAAAGACCAAUUCUGUAUAUAAGUCGCAAACUGACGGGGCGAGAAGAAGCCUACUGCGCAACAGAAAAAGGGUGCGCAUGCUUGAUCUGGGCAGUCCAAAACCUCUCUUGCUAUCUGUCCGGGUCCAAAUUUGUAAUUGAGACUGACCACUGCCCGCUAACGUGGCUGAAAAACAUGUCCGCGAAGAAUGGUCGACUGCUCCGUUGGAGCUUAGCGUUACAGCCUUAUAAUUUCGAGAUAAAGUACAAGAAGGGAGCUGACAAUGGUAACGCUGACGGGCUUAGUCGCUCUUUUUAG